GUUUCGUUCACGUCAAUUUGAUUUGAUUUAUGAAUUGGUAUAGUUUUUCAAAUUUUCUUCAACACACUUAGCGUGAACUCUUAUCUUUCCCAUCACAAUUAACUUAUGAUAAAUAUAUGUUCUGAAACUUGUCCCAAGAACCAAAGGUCUAAAGCUAAACUGGAAAUGGCUGAAAGAAAUAAUCGGAUUGGACAAACAUAAAAUGACAAAUAUAACCAAAAGAUUCAUAUCAACUUUAUCAUCAACAUCAUCAUCCUUUACAGAAAUUUACAACACAAUCAAACAAUUAAUUCUAAAUGGAAAAUACAACCAAGCCCUCAAACUUUACACUGGAAAAAUUCACUCCCAUGCAAGUAAUACCACUUUCCUUUUACCUUCAAUCAUCAAAUCUUGUGCUCAUACACAAACCCAUCAAUUAUUAGGCUAUCAGCUUCAUUGCUAUGUCCUUAAAAAUGGGUAUUCUUCAGAAUCCGCAAUAUCCAAUUCUUUUAUAUCAAUGUAUGCAAAAUUUGGCAAAACAGAAGAUGCAUCCCAACUGUUUGAUAAAAUGCCGCAAAGAGAUACUAUCUCUUGGAAUUCAAUGAUAAGUUGUUAUUAUUCAAAUGGGUAUUUGUUAGAAUCAUUGGAGUUGUUUAAGGAGAUGUAUAUAGAGAAUUUUGUGCCAAAACCUGAGUUAAUCGCGAGCGUUCUUUCUGCUUGUGUUCAAACCAAGAAUUUGAGACUAGGAAGAGCUAUUCAUGGUCUUACAAUAGUUGAUGAAAAAAUAGAAAGUUCGGUUUUUUUGACAACUGCAUUGGUAGACUUUUAUUGGAAAUGUUGUGAGCCAGAUUUGGCUUUUCGUGUUUUUCGGGGUAUGGAAGUGAAAAAUGAGGUGUCCUGGACUGCCAUGGUAUCUGGAUGCAUAGCUGAGGAGAUGUAUGCGAAAGCAAUUGAAUUAUUUCGCGUAAUGCAGCUGGAAAAUGUUAAACCAAAUAGAGUUACAUUGACUAGUAUAUUACCAGCUUGUGCUCAUUUGGGUGCUUUAAAGUAUGGAAAACAGAUUCAUGGAUAUGCAUUUCGCUAUGGGUUUGACUUGGAUUCUAAAUUUUCGUCUGCUAUUGUACACAUGUACUCUGAAUGUGGGGAAGCAUUGCGGGCUGUGAAGAGUAUAUUCGAUCGGUCAACUAAGAAAGAUGUGGUAAUGUGGACUGCUAUCAUAACGUGCUAUUCACGAAACAAAUCUAGUUGUCGAGAAGCUAUAAGGCUUUUCAAUGAGAUGCAAUUGACUGGAACUCAACCAAAUGAUGUUACUUUAUUGGCAGUAGUUUCUGCCUGUACUAAUCUAUUAUCAGUACGCCAUGGGCGAGGAACGCAUGGCUAUGCGUUUAGAAGUGGUCUUAGUUCACAUUUGUUCAUUGGUAACUCCCUCAUAAACAUGUACUCAAAAUGUGGUUUUCUCAAGGACUCUGCUCAAGUUUUCGAGGAGAUGUCUAUAAGAGAUUCUGCAUCAUGGAGUGCAUUAAUCAGUGCUUACGGGACUCAUGGUUCUGGAGAUAAGGCCUUGGAACUUUUUCAUGAAAUGAAAGGGAGGGGGAUAAAGACUGAUUCCAUUGCCUUACUUGCAGUUUUAUUAGCAUGUAAUCACUGUGGUCUGUUUGAGGAGGGAAAGAAGCUCUUUGAAGCGUUAAAGGAUAAAAGUUUCUCAAUUACUGUGGAGCUCUAUGCUUGCUACAUUGAUCUCCUGGGAAGGGCAGGUAAGCUAGAAGAUGCCAGUGAGGUCAUUAGCGGAAUGCCUAUGAAACCUAGCGACAGAAUUUGGAGUUCCCUGAUUUCUUCUUGUAAAUUACAUGGAAGGCUGGAAGUUGCAGAACGUUUGGCUCAUAGACUUACCAAAUCUGAACCCGAAAAUGCUGCUAAUUAUGGUUUGUUAAGCUUGGUAUAUGCUGAAUCUGAAAACUGGCCCGGAGUGGAAGAUGUAAGGCGCGACAUGAAAGAAAGAAAACUGAGAAAAAGCUACGGAUUCAGCAGAAUUGAGCUAGAUGACUAGAUUUUGUAAUCCUUAAUUGCACCCCACAACUCUAAGCUGGAUAACUAGACUUCCUUUGUGCCAUGACAUUCACUGGAAGGGAAGAAUAUUGAGAAAUGACAGCGUUCUAGUAAUAGGCCCAUGACAUACAUCUCAAAAUUGCGUCGACCCAAAGAGAAGAGGUAAAGAAUGACUGUUGGAUUAUAGAGUAAUUUAUUGUUGGGUACAUUAGUUUAAGUUUUAAAAAACUAAUCUUGAUUCAAGAUUGAUGCACCUUAGGUACGUUACAUGUCUGCAGUCCCAUGAAAGGGAUUGCCUUUGUUCGAGUUUAAUGAGAAGGCAGGGAAGGAUGAUGCUAUCCUCUGCUUAACAUUUGAAUUUGUGAGCCUUGAACAUCUCAAGAGACCACGAGCAUUAAGGAUUAGAGUUUUUAAUCAAAGUUGUCCCUUAUGUUUUGGAGAAGUCUAAGUUUGUCGAGGAACAAGCCAGUCCAACGGACCUAAGUAGCUCAUAGAAGGCACAUUUGAGCAAUAUCCUUUCAACAUGAUAUGUUGGGUCCAAAUGGAUAGCACCAUCCCAACCCACCAGACUAUGAUGACUUUGUGGCUCAACAUGGUCUUUCAAAUCGAAAUCAAAAGAAUAACUUUGUUAGAAGAAGCCAUGUUCCUUCAUUAUGUUUGAUUGAUCCCAUAGUCUAGCACACCACUGGUUUGGUUCUCACCAUAGUAGAUGCAUCUCAUCACAUCAUUCCAUUGUAAAUUCACUAUAUAGAACGGUUAGUAAUUGUAGUUAAAACUCAACACAAACUAAGUUCUGGGUUUUUCCUUUUUAUUUUGGGGGAAACAAAUGAGGUGAGAUAUGGAAGAGUAGGAAAUGCAGUCUACGGAGCCGAUCCUUCAUAAUAACUGAAAAACUAAUUCUUAAAGUUUACAUUCCAGCCAGAAAAAUCAUUUG